AUGGAGGCACAAUCGCCAGCUCACGAAGUUGCCCUGUGCCGAUCGGAUGGCAAGAAACAUCUUCUGCUCGCCGCAUCUGGCUCCGUCGCAACCAUCAAAAUCGCCCCCAUCAUCAAAGCGCUGGGCUCGCAACCCAAUCUCUCCAUCCGCCUUGUGCUCACCAACUCGGCCGCCAGCUUCCUCGAUGGCCAGGCGGCGGAGCAGCCUUCCCUGGCCGAGAUUGCACGAUAUCCUAACGUCGAUGGGGUCUACAAGGAUGCAGCGGAGUGGUCACCUUCCUGGACCCGAGGGGCACCGAUCUUGCAUAUCGAGUUGAGGCGCUGGGCCGAUCUCAUGGUCAUCGCGCCUCUGAGCGCCAACACCAUGGCGAAACUUGUCAACGGCAUGUGCGACAACCUGCUGCUGUCUGUCGCCCGCGCCUGGGAUGCCACGGGUCUCAUUGACGGGCGUCGCAAGAAGAUCCUCGUCGCGCCUGCGAUGAACUCGGCCAUGUUCCAUCAUCCCGUCACCAAGAGGCAGAUCAAGGUUAUGGACGAGGACUGGGGCGGCGCCGACGGGUGGAUGGAGGUGCUCCAUCCGAUAUCGAGGGGCAUGGCGUGCGGGGACUCGGGAGACGGCGCCAUGAUACUCUUUGACGAUAUCGUACGAAAGAUUGAGAUGGAAAUGAGACUCAAUGAGUCAAGCGAGUGA